AAAAGUUUUCCAUAUAAGAAAAUGUUCAUUAUAAAUACUACACUACAAGAUUACAAAGGUUUGAGAAACAAAAUCUUAUUUACUUACAGUAUUGACAGUUAUGAAUUUUGUUUUAAAUGCUUAAUAGCAAAUUCUCAUUAAUACAGAGUGCCAAAAUCUUCCUUUGAGAGAACGAACAAGAUAUCCUUGGAAAAGAGCCCGACUAUAUUCAGGCCUUUAACACAGGCUUUUCCUUCAACACAAUCUGGUCCAACUAAUUCAUCCAUCCUCAGAGGAAUAGAAUGUCUUGCAUCAUGAUUCUAGAACACAGAGGCUUUUUAAAAAUAAAGACAAUUCAAAAAAUAUCAAAACAUGAUUUAUACUCGGAUGAUGAUAACUGCACUAUUUUUCCUCCUCCUAAGUCCAAGCCUCAGUGAAGAUACAGUGGAGGAGGAGAUAGGAUCCUAUCAGUUGCAGCGACUGGUGGAGCUGCUGACAGUUCAUGAGUGUGAAAAGCUGCUCAUGACCCUGUCCAACCCAGAGGAACACAUCUUCAAUCGGCCCGAUCGCGUAUAUGAAGAGACAAACCAAUUCAGACUGCCGUCCCGCACGCCAAGAGAUACAGAUAAAGAGUCCCACUGUCAUCCAGCUCUGAUAGACUGGCUGAAGACUCAUGAUGAGCAAAUGUACUACGACAGCCUGUAUAGCACUCUUCAACAGAUCGGAAGGACUGACAUUGCAGUAGAGAUGGGAAAGAACAUUAACCAGGACAAGAUUCUGGCCAUGCAACGCUUUGUUGAGGAAUACCAUGAGCAGGUCAGCAAAAUGACAUCCCAUUUUAUGCGCUCACAAGCUGAGGAAACAAGUCACAAAGAAACACAUCAUUCUGCAAAACAAGUGAGGAGCUUGUCCUGGAAGGAUUUGGACCUGGUCAUGGAGCGACAACCAAUGCCACCCUAUCAGCACCACAUGCUGGAUGGUGCAUGGCCUCUGUUCCAUGGACUCAUCCUUGGAGUUUGCUGUGCACUUCUCUUAGGCAUACCUUUAUUGCUAUUUAUCUUAUGUCUACCACUAUGUGAUCUCUCUAGUCAAUCUUAAUCUAAUGAUAAUCCCAACACGAGCAACACCAUAUACACCGGUGUUCCUUUCACCUUGAUUUUGUGCUAGCAUUAGAGAAGAUUACACUGAAACCACAGAACUGAAAGGCAAAAGCUCCAGGAUGCAUUUUUUUUUAAUGAGUAUUAGAUACUAUAAAAUUGAUCAUAAACAAUGUUGUGCUGUAAUUGAUUUUACCAUUAUAUUUUAGUGUAGAGAGUCACGUAAUGGAGGCCAAGAUGGACGCAGUUGCAGGUAAAACAGCGUCUUUAAUGAAACGUAGACAAACAAAUCCAAAACAAGAGGCAAGUUGUAAAUCAGGCAAGGCAGAAACAUGAACAAAAUAAAUUAAAGCAGAGUCACAACCAGAUAAGCAAACAGAGAAAUAAGGCUUGGUAAUGUCAGGUGCACAAAAACAAUACUGAGCAUAUACUGAACAGGUGGGGUUACGGAGAUGGUAGAACGUCCCUCAUUAGGGGACCAGGGAAAACUGGCUUUAGUCGGGAGAUGUGGAAGGAUGGAGCAAUGCGGCUGUGAUGACGUAAAUCUAGUUUAUAACUUCAGUGAUUUGUUUAAAAAAAUUUAAAGGCCAGAGUUUAUUACAACUUAGUGAGUGUCUCACAUCUUUUGUGGCGAGCCAGACCUGAGCUCCUGGCUAAUAUUGAGGAUUCUCCACUCACCUUCAGACAGCAUUGGCUUUGUAUACUCGGGCAGCUUGUUCCAGACAUUGGUCAUUGCUUUUCCAAACCUGUUCACUUUUUCAAAACCAGUCAUCCACUGCUGAUGAGUCUGUGGGAUUGGUAUUCCAGAGGAAUUGUGGAGGUUAGUAUCCAAGCAUGGCAGGAACUGGGCCCAGUCUUCUGGAUUGGCAGCACAGAAUGUUUGAAGGAACUGCCCCACCUCUUUGUUAGCUCUUUCUAUCUGGCCAUUACCCUGUGGAUGAUAUCCGAAGUUAGGUUCACAGUUAACUACAGCUUCCCAUAAAACUAGCCCACAUAUGGGAAGUAAAUAGGGGACGGUCACUCACUAUUUUCUCCAGGACUCCAAAAUAUCUGAACACAUGACAGAACAGGAGCUCAGCUGUGGUAAGAAAAAGAAGGUAUGCUGGGGAGCAGGAUUAACCAUAGUGAUUUAGCGACAUAGUGAAAAGCAAUUGAUUACUGCCAGGAUGGCAGUGUUUCCCUCCGAGUCUGACAGGUCAGUGAGGAAGUCUUUUAUUAAGUGGGACCAGGGCCACUGUAGUGUGGGUAGUGGGAGAAGUUUACCAGCUGGCAUGGAGUGAGGCACUUUGGCUUGCACGCAUAUGGUGCAGGAGGACACCACCUGGUGUAUGUCAGCAAACAUGGGUGGCCACCAAUACUUUUCUGUAAGGAGAUGAUAUGUACGAUGAGCGCCCAGGUGACCAGUCACCAAGGAGGUGUGGGCCCAUAUGAUAAGUUUUGUUCUGAGCUGCUCAGGGACAAAGAGCCUGUUAAUUGGGAAUGAGGGGGGUAUGGCCCAGUCCAUCUCCCAAGUGAUAGCUCAUAUGAGACAGGAGUGGGGUUAGAAUGUGCUCCUCUUCAAUGUCACAGGAUUCACAGGAAUAGACAUGGGACAGGGCAUCCGCUUUUAUGUUCUUGGAGCAACGUGAUAUGGUACGGUAAACUGAAAUUGAGCACAACACAGGGACCAAGAAGCUUGUCGGGGGUUUAACUGUUUGGCUGUGUGAAGAUACUCAAAGCUCUUAUGGUCAGUGAAUACUACAAAUUGAUAAGCGGCCCCCUCUAGCCAGUUUUUCCACUCUUCCAAGGCAAGUUUGAUAGCUAGUAGCUCAUGGUUGCUCACAUCAUAAUUUUGCUCAGGGAGGCUCAGCUGGGGAGAGUUUAUGUGAAAAGAAGGUUGAUGAAUGGAGCUUGGGAUUAUCUCCGAAUCACUGAGAGAGUAGUAUAAUUCAGUAAUACAGUGAGGACUGUAGUCUAAUUCAGUGCUUUUUGUGCAUCCAUAA